AAUGUGGUCAUCUUAGUCACGGGUGUGAUCGGAAACGGGCUUGUCAUCUUUGUGACCGGCUACAAAAUGAAGACGACGGUCAACUCCAUUUGGUUUCUCAACUUGGCGACUGCCGACUACAUUUUUAUUCCAUUUUUGGUUUACAACAUCGUUGAUGUCUUUGACAGUGGGGUUAGUCUCAGCGAUCUCAUGUAUAAAUGCGGUUAUUUUGUUUUUGUGCUAAACAUGUUUGCGAGCGUUUUCUUUCUGACAGUGAUCAGUCUGGACCGAUGUCUGUGCACAUGGGUGGUCGUGUGGGCUCAGAAUAAACGGACUCUGGUCAAAGCCAGAAUCAUCUGUGUGUUUGUGUGGCUUUCAUCCAUCUGCUGCAGCAUCCCUUAUGUCAUUGUUCUCUGUGAACCUAAAGAUGCAUUUAGAUCCUAUGAACACUAUACCAAUGUCCACUUGUCUGUGUUCAUAUACAGGUUUAUGGUGGGCUUUCUUAUUCCUUUCUUGAUCAGUGCAUCUUCAUACAUAGCUAUUGGUGUGCGGGUGAAACGCUUUAAAAGAGGAAACCAGCUUCGGUCUUUCCGGGUCAUAAUAUCUGUGAUUCUGGCCUUUUUCAUAUGCUGGUUUCCUUACUAUGUUCUACAGUUGUGUUACAUAAGUGCAAUUAAGAACAGCUGGAGUGACAGCGUUCAGAAAGGAAUUGAGGCUGCGGGACCUUUCGUAAUCUGUCUGUCUUAUCUAAACAGCUGUCUGAACCCCAUUCUCUAUGUGUUCAUGUGUGACGAGUAUAAGACGAAACUUAAAAAGUCUCUGCUGCUGGUGCUCGAGGGGGCUUUUACUGAGGAUCAUCUGGGUUAA